AAAUAGCGGUUUAAAAGCGCACUAAAUCCACAAAUAAUGAAUAAAAGAAUUGCGUGUGCAGAGUGUGAGUCCCAUAUAUUCAGCAGCCACUCUGAGAAAAGUUAGGGUUUUUGUUUUUGGGUCUCUCGCAGCGCCACAUCAGUCAUGGGAGGAGGCAAUGGUCAAAAGGCAAAGAUGGCUCGCGAGAAGAACCUCGAGAAGCAGAAGGCCGCAGCUAAGGGAAGCCAGCUGGAAACAAACAAGAAAGCCAUGAAUAUCCAGUGCAAGGUGUGCAUGCAAACAUUUAUGUGCACCACAUCAGAAGUGAAGUGCAGGGAGCAUGCUGAAGCCAAACACCCUAAAUCUGAUGUCUAUGCUUGUUUUCCUCAUCUUCAAAAGUGAACGAGUGCAUGUGGAGACUUGAUAUCAUUAUGGCCUUUUCUAACAAUAUAUCACAGAGAUCUUCAAUUUCUUUUAUAUCGAAUAUGUCUGUCUGUGUCUUGUGGGUUGGGAGAGACGAGAGGGGAUAAUUACUACGUUUUUCCAUUGAUUUAAGUGUGAGAAACUGUGUUAAUUUUCUCUUUGUUGUCGAAUUGUAACUUAUGAAUGAUCGUUAGUGUCAAUAUUAAGUUUCUUACAGAAUCACCGGAUUACAGUAUUUGACUCUGAAUACUUACA